AUGUCGGAUACUUCGUCCACGUCCGCGAAUGCCGCACACUCGGCGCCCGAGAGGAGAGAGUCCAACAACACAACCAAGCCGCCGACAGUAGCCGCCUUUUCACCCACCUCGCACGAGUUUCCUUCGACUCGACAGCGCUCGACUAUUCUCGUACACCAAAAGUCACCGCUACUGCUCGCAACUCCGCCGCAGGUCACAAGAGCUUUGGCAUAUUCACAUCCGUUCAUUGUCCCGUUAAACAAGCUUGUCGGGCUGCUGUCAUGGACGACUGGAGAUGCUUGGGAGAGCUUCCUGUUCGUGGCCGCCUUCUGGUUCACAGUCUUGUAUGGCGGCUAUAUACUGCGAUACAUGGGACCUUUGAUACUGGUCACCUUCCUCAUAGUGGGCAUGUACCUUCGAAGGUAUUCUCCACUGUCAUCAACAGGAUGGACUGGCGAGAAANAGAAGGGACACAGAAGAGAUCCUUCGGAUGGCAUCAAGCAUCGCAAGUCUUUGGAUGAGAUCCUCUCGACUUUGCAGACCUUCACGACGAGAUGCAACAUCCUGCUCGACCCAUUACUUCGCUUGACCGACUUCUUGUCUACCCAGCAGACAGCAACCUCUGCCACCACACAACCCGCCCUUACCACCCUCUUCAUUCGCAUCAUGCUCACAUCACCUCUAUGGUGGGCUCUUACUCUCCCUCCUCUCCGCAUCAUCACCACGAAACGAAUCGUCCUGGUUGCCGGCACCAUCUUCUUGUCCUGGCACUCACGUCCAGCACGUAUCAGCCGCACCAUCCUCUGGCGUUCGAAGACUGUACGUGAGAUCUGCACCAUCAUUACCGGUCUCGAUCUCGGCGCGCCUUCGGCCUCAGCACCACCGUUACCUCCACGACCAGGAACAAAAGGUGCCGUGAAUGUGAAUGCAAAGCCAAACACCGACUCGGGAGAAGGCAUUCGCUUCACAUUCAUCUUGUACGAGAAUCAACGAAGAUGGCUCGGCAUAGGCUGGACAGCAAGUAUGCUAGCUUACGAACGCAACUCUUGGACCGACGAGCAUCUGAACCCAACAUCCGAUCCCGUCCACUUCGAGUUGCCCGAGGUAGAAGGUGGAAUGGCAAAAUGGCAAUGGGUUGAAGACAGCGAAUGGCAUGUCGAACUACCGUCGUCCAAGAAGAACAAGACCAAGGAUGCUGCCGCCGACGACGAAGAUGCAUGGAUAUACUACGACAAUAAAUGGCGCGAUGGAAGAAGAGGACAAGAUGGCUGGGGUCGCUACACACGUCGCAGAAAAUGGCUCCGCGACGCCGAACUCGUGGACGUGAUGCCAGAAGAAGAGAAACCGACGANNAACCUACACUGGCUCCUCCUCCUCAUCCGACCACAGAAAAGCAAAAACCACCNNACCGACGCCUCCUCGCCCUGUGCCCUCUCGCACUCCCAGCAGCGCAUUGACACAGGCACUGAAGAAUGCUCCACAGCAGGCACAAACACCUUCCAUGACUGCCGCUUCAACCAUCACCNNACAAGCAGUGACGUUGGAAGUCCGUCUAGCAGCUACAAGCGCAAAUCAUGGAUACCAGGUUCAGCGGGAAGUAGGAACAGAGCCACUAGCAGUGCGUCUGGCAGUACUGAAGGGAGAAUGAGUAGAGCGGCGAUGGGGAAUGAUGAUGUGGUGCCCCCGGUUGCAAGGUUGAAGAAUGAGACGGCGGAUUGGGGGUUGGGUGAUGAUGUUAGUAUGGGCUUGGGGUGA